CAGCCCUGCCUUCUGCUGCUCCCAGCUCCAAGCCUGCAGGGAGGGGGGGCACAUCUCCCCAGCCACUGAACAGCCCCUCCAUGCCCAGCCCCAUGCCCUUGCCCAUGCCCAUGCCCACGCUCUCUUGCCAUCCUCCUGGACCCCUCUAGGCCUUGUCCAGUUGCUUGCAAAAUGGACGGCGGGGUCCAAACCCUGCAGAUUGGGGAGGCGGAUGCCAAUUGGGAGCUGAUCCGGGACAAGGUGGUGGAGGAGCGCUUCGGCCCCACGGUGGUCCCCGUGCCCUUCCUGGAAGACGCCGCCUCCUACGACCUGCUGACGGUGCUGAUCAAGAAGCCCCCCCUGGGCCAGGGUCUCCUCCGCCGCCAGCGCUGCCUGGUCCCCGUGGGGCCCCUGGAGAACCUGCUCCAGGAGGGCACCCCCGCCCGGGAGCUGACCCACUGCACGCGCGAGUACAACGCCCGGGUGCGGGGCGAGUCGCGCUACGAGGAGACGCGGCUGGUGGGGGGCGCCCUGCGCCAGGUGCGCCUCACCAUGUCGGGCGUCCACAAGAAGGUGGCCUUCCUGGUCCUGCGCCCCGGGACCGUGUCCCUGCGCCCGGACCUGCCCUGGCUGCGCUCGCAGAGCAGUGUCUACGUGGUCUACGAGGUCUUCUACUGCGCCAGCCUGACCAUGGCCGUCACGCAGGGCGCCGAGCGCAGCUUCUUCCACCGCGACCAGCCGCUGCCCGUGGCCUUCUCCUGCCUCAAGUUCGCCCUCGGCCCCAAGGGGGUGCUGGGCUCCCAGAAGCCCACGGGCCACAGCUUGCCUGCCAGGGCCGCCUGGGUCCGGAUGGCAGUGCUGGAGCCUCCCCCGACCCCAGCCCCCCACCCGCCCCUGGAGAGCCCCCUGCCCAAGGAGGAGGCCAAGGCUGCCCGCAAGCGCUGGAGACCCCUUAGCAGGCCCACCAGGACCCUGGCAGGGAAAUGGCCCUUCCGGCGCCACCGCCCCAAGUCCGGCUCGUCCACCACCAGCCUGGCUGAUGCUGAGAGGCAGUCCAUGUCGCUGCCCCUCCUGCAGAGCGCGACGGCCGAGAGCGACACCGAAGAGUGAGCUGAGAGACGCCGCCAAUAAAGGG